AUGGUCCGCAAGUGGUCCAAAUUCCCCAAGAAGCCCGCCGACUGGGUUGGCCCCAGCGCACCACUUUCCCAGCGCAAGCAGGUAUAUCUUCCAAACUUCACAGUCGCCCUUGUCCGAACACCUUUUCUCCCGCCCCGCUAUGCCUCCUUCUACGUUCCCUUGACCUUCAACAAGCUCGACAUGCGCGACUACCUGCAGCGCCUGUACGGCGUCGGCGUCCUCAGCAUACGCAGCUACGUCGAGCAACAAAAGGUCACACGGCUCCGACCAAUGGGUCGAUACGGUUACGGAAAACUACGACGUCCCCGGUCGCGGAAGAGGAUGACUGUUGAGAUGAAGGAGCCGUUUGUCUGGCCGGACGCGCCUGAAGAUAUGGAGAAGUGGGAAAAGGACCAGUUCUUCAAAGCGAGGAAGUACCAGGAUAAGAUCCAGGAGGCGCAGAAGCCCGAUGCGCCUAUGAAGCCGAAUACAGAAAUGCGCGAGGCAUACGAGGAGGCCGCGAAGGAAAUACUCUCGGGCAGGAAGACGUGGAGGCCGACGUGGCAGGCUCUCGGUUUGAAUUAUGAUCGGCCGGUUUUGCCAGGAGCGGCGGGAAAAGGACCCGUUGAGGGGAGUUCAUAG